GAGGUGAUCGCAACGGAGAAGGCCUUCGCUGCAAUUCGCGACGAUGGGACUGUGGUGACCUGGGGGGCAGGCGGAGGGCUGGAGUCUGCAGCAGCAAGUGAGCAGCUGUAUGGCGUUGAGUGGAUGGCAGCAACGGACUCAGCCUUCGCCGCUGUGCGCGCGGAUGGUCAUGUCAUCGUUUGGGGAGAUGCUGACAGCGGAGGGAAUUGCGAGGCUGUCCGACCUCUGUUGCAGGAGGUGAGGAGCAUCUCUGGCAAUUCGCAGGCCUUCGUCGCUUGCCUUGCAAGCGGAGGCGCAGUCACUUGGGGUUCGGCUGCGUGCGGUGGAAACAGCAGCCAUGUGCAAGAACAACUCGUCAACAUCCAGGAGGUUGCUUGCUCCCACUCCGCGUUCGCUGCAUUGCGCGCGGAUGGUCGGAUUAUCACCUGGGGAAGUGCCGCAGCUGGCGGUGACUGCAAAGAGGUGGAAGAUCAAUUGCAGGAGGUGCACCAAGUGGUGGCUUCCAGCAAAGCCUUCGCUGCUCUCACCGCUGCGGGGCCGGCAUCUCGUGACAUGGGGAAGUCCUGA